AUGAUGCGAUUUUUGAGCAGUAUUCUGGUUUUGGCAACUGCCAUUCCAAUGAGUCAGGUUAGUUGAAGGGGUUUUAAAAAAUUUGAAAUUCUUCUAAAAAUAUAUGCUGUUUGAGAACGUUUAUUUUUUCAUGGGACUAAAGUUCUGUGAAAAAAUAAAUUUUUAGAUCUCUCUUGUGAUUUUGGUUUUGAAAUGUUUCAAAAUUCAGAAAAAUGUUUUAAAAAAUGUGGUCAUGGCAUUUGGACACUUUAUUAAAAAAAAAAAGAGUUCGAAGUUAUUUUUUUCAUAAUAUUCCUUUAGAAAAUUGAGGAAACUUCGCGAUCCAAUGACUCUUCAAAAAACAAAUUUCAAGUGAAACAUAACUAAACAACCAACAUGACCAUUUUCAAGUUUUUUUUCUAUUUUUCUCUCAUCUCAAAAAUGUCUCUUGUUAUCCUUUUCUCCUUUCCUUUCCAAUUAUCAUCAUAAAUCAUUCUCGGCAAUCAACAAUAUCCAGCUGGAUCUGAAGGGAUCAUUAACAAACACGAAAAACUUGUUGGCCUUACGCAACUGAUAAGCGUUAUCAAAUUAUGUUUUGUUUCAGGCAUUCUUCUUUGGCGGAGGAAGCGGAGCCGCUUGUGGAUGUCCAGCUCCACCAGCUUGUGCACCACCACCACCCCCUUCUGCACCAAUUGGAUGUGGCGGAGGAGGAUAUGCGCCACCACCACCACAACCAUAUUUCCCACCAGUUCAACCAGCUUAUCGUGGGUUUUCUUAAAACUUUUUCAGUUCAGCAGUUAUAUAAAUGCCAUAUUUCAGAACCUCAAUACGCGCAAGCUCCAUCACAACCAAUUCCACUUCAACAAGCACCAAUCCAGUCUUACAAUCCACAACCAAUUCCACAACCAAUCCCAAGAGCUGGAGGAGCCUAUGCUUCACCUGUUAAAAGACAAACAAAUGAGGAAAACACUGGAGUAGAUCAAUCAGAAGGUUAUAGAGUGAAACGAGAUGAUGAAGCAGUUUUUGAUCCAAAAUGCAACUCUGAAGAUCUUAAAAGCAUUAUUAUUCAACAUAUCUCAGCGAACACAGCAACUUCAAAAAGAAAUAUUCAAUCAGCUGCCGCAGAUGCGAUUGGUGGAAGAAUUGAUGUGAUUUGCUCGCGUGGAACAUUCUCUUAUAUUGUGAAUACUGAAUUGUAUUGUGAAACUGAACAUGAGGGAACUACUUGUUUCGCUUUCAAACAAUCUUCAUAA